AUGGUGUCGCUGUUCGCCCUUUUCAAGAACCUGUACACGGUGGUGGCGGCCUCGCUGCUGGGAUCCAUUUUGUCCAACCUCCUGCUCGUGCUGGGCUGCAGCUUCUUCCUCGGCGGCUUGUUCCACAGCGUCCAGACCUUCAACGCCGUCAGCAAUCGAGCCUGCUCCUCGCUGCUGAUGCUGGCCUGCAUCGGCAUUUGCAUCCCCUCCGCAGCCUCCAUGAUCCUGGUGGAGGAUCCCACCCUGAGGGAGGACUGGACCCUGGAUGUGUCCCGGGGAACAGCGGUCGUCAUGCUCGUCUGCUACAUGUGCUACCUGGUCUUCCAGCUCAAGACCCACACCGAGCUGUUCAAGGGCGACGACGACGACGCGGUCCCCAUGCUGACCCUGGGCACCUCCAUCGGCUUGCUCACCGCCAUCACCGCGGUGGUGGCCGUGUGCUCCGAGUUCCUCACCGGCUCCAUUGAGAAGGUCAGCGAGCGAACUCACCUCAGCCAGGCCUUCAUAGGUUUGAUCAUCCUGCCCAUCGCUGGCAACGCCUGCGAGCACUUGACGGCAUGUAUUGUUGCGAUGCGCAACAAGAUGGACCUCUCCAUGGGCGUGGCAGUGGGCUCCUCCAUCCAGAUCGCGCUGUUCGCUAUACCUUUCAACGUGGUCGUGGGCUGGGCCACUGGCCACCCCUUCUCUCUGGCCUUCUCGCCGUUCGCGGCGUUGGUGCUGCUGGUGUGCGUGGUGCACGCGAACUUCGUCACCGCGGAUGCCACCUCGCACUGGCUGCUGGGGGUGCAGCUGAUCGCACUGUACUGUCUGUAUAUGUUCGAGCGUCUGUCUCAGCGUGCAGCUAAAGAUCCCGAUCGAUAUGCCCGUUUGUUCACAAUCGUAACGGAUGAGGUGGUUGACAAUACCCAUAACGGGGGCUCUUCAUGUACCAAGGGCCUGCUGUGGCUCAAACGGGCGAUGCAGUUCAUCUGCGCUAUCCUGCGGCGCCUCCACGAUGACCCAACUGCACAACUGAGCACCAUCGUGGCGGAGACCUACAGCCAGACGCUGAUGCAGUACCACGGCUUCUUCACGUCCAGCGCUUUCUCGCUGGCAUUCAAGUUUGUUCCAAGCCGCGAGCAGUUCAUGUCCAAGGUGGGUGAGGGCCCCGACGUCAUGUCGGAGCUUAAGGCCUUCGUGGACGGCUUUUCGGAGAUUCUGGCGGAGAUUCAUAAGUUCCUGGACGAGCAGGGCCUGGACGACCCUACCAAGGUGUAG